AAGCAACACCUAUGUCUUAAUCAAAUCAAUUAUCAUAAAAUAAGUACGGUUUUUGGUAUUAUAAUCAAAUGUUUUGAUGGAAAUAUAUUCAGAACAUAUAUCUUAAAAAUAUAUAUUUGAAACAAACUAUUCUAUUAAGCAAUCGAACACUCCCAUUUGUCUGAAUUUCCACCCCCAUUUGCUCAUGACGUAUGAACUUUGCUGUCUGCAAUUUGUAUUUUCUUUUGGAAUACGAGUUUUUCUUGCAAGUUGAAUUUUAGAUUAAUUCUUGACCGACCACGAUUACUGAAACGAAAAUAGAUCAAGUGAUAAUAGGGAUGUUAUUUAUGUCUUUUAUUUAUUAUGGAUGAUUGUGUCUAUGACAAAACCAGGUAUAAUUUAUUAGCCUCGUGCGGAUGUAUCUUAUUUGUAUUUUCACGUUCUUCUGUGCUUUCAAAGCCCCCUAUACAGUAAAACUACAAUAUACAUGAACAACAAAGAAAAACUUGGUAAGCCUAGUUCGGCCUGUCCGCGAGUGAAAGUGAUUGUGGUGAGCAAGAGAGGACGUUUGAAGAGCGGCAAUUCAUGGGCCAAUGGCAGCUUUGUUGUAAGUGGCCAGGUUGUAAAGAGGGACAACAAGGAUCUUCAGGGAGAGGGGAAAGAGGAUACUGGAAAAGAACUGGAAGCCCCGUCCAAAAUGGAGAUCAAAAUAAGACAAAAUAUUAAUGCCAAGAAAUCAGGGGCGCAGGUCAUGGGCAAAGAUGCAGGACCCAUGUAUAAACAUCUGGACAAAGAUUCUGUGAUCAAACUCCUGGAGACCAAAGCUUGUACGGUUUCCUUCGGCCCAGGAAACAAUGAAGAGAAAGGAUACUGCUACCCAAUCCUCAUAUCCUUCCUGCGAAAUCUCACUGAUGAGCAGUGGCAGGCACUCUAUGAAGCACUUAAAAGCCCUAUGAACUCAGAAGAUCUUGUCAAAUUGUGCAAGACCAUAGUGACUUUUAUUUCCCUGACCACUCUUCACAUCCUGGUGCCCGCCCUGGCCCGCAUACUGGGAGUGACAGGCUGUCAAGAGGACAACAUUGACUCAACUAAGAGGGCCAGCAGCGCAAAACCCUUUGCUGCCUUUCAGCAGGAAAGACUGCAGCUCAUCAGGGAAGUGAAGUAUCUGGCAAAGGAGAUUCAUAAUAGUGGCAGUGGAGCACAUAUUUUCAGGUCCAGAACACCCAAUAGUUACCAGAGCUCAGUGAAAGACGACAUAGGAAUGUCCGAAGAAAAUAUCAUCACAAGUGUCCAGAAGCAACUGUCUAACCAUGACAUCAUGUCUUCUUGCCCACCUGAGCUAACUGUUGAUCUAAUCAAGAAGGUGGUUGAACAGCUCAACUCAACCCUUUCUGUGACCAUCGGCAGAACCUUUUCUGGGCAGUUCUCCCAAGUUGCCUCUUCUUCUCAGACAACUGAACAGAUGGUUAACAUGUUCAAGAGGUUUUUCGAUGAUCACAUAAAUCCAGAGGAAAAAUUUGAUAUUGAGCACUGCUUUAGAACUGCAACAGAAAAAGUAAUUAAUGUUUUUGAAGACUUGUUGGACGAAUACGAAAAAGAAGAUCUGCAAUCGGCUAAGGUUUUUCGAGACUUAGUUGGGAAAGUGAAAACGUUGGCAUCUGGCAGUGAACUUUCAGAGGAACACCUGGGUGCUGAAUGCUCUUCUGUUCCAGAGGUCGGAUCAGAAGGAUUUGGUGUUACUCCAUCCUCCAUUAUUCAUGAGCUGUCACUUGAAAAAUUCCAGAAGAAGGCAACACAGAAGGUUAAAAGAAUCCUGAAUAAAUCAGUCAAAAGCUUCCUCAAAUCAAGCCUGCCAACAUCUCUCUACCAGACAAUUUCUCUAAUGUCGCCUGCAACAUCAACCAUUUCCUCAAAACAUACAGCUGCAGCUGCUUUUGAAAUGGUUGAAUCAAUUUCCAGUGAUAUGAAGAGUAUUUUUUCCCAUCCAGCGUCAUCAAAUAGUCUCUGUCAGGCAGAUUCCACGUUUGAAGAGAACUGUGAGAAAACUGACUCUGGGGCAGAACCCGUAGGCUCCCAGUCUAAUGUGGAAAUGUCUGAGAAAAAGAUAUGGGCAACUGGGAAGGCAGUUUACCUCAACCUAAAGACAAAGAUGAAGAGGUACCUAACAAUGGAAAGGCAAGCCAAAGCAACAACAGCUCAAGCCAAAGAAACACUCAGCCAUAUUCUGGUUUCUAUUUAUGAGGAGCUGUCCAAAUCUGACCAAAUCUCAGCAGCAGAGCUUUCACAAAUAGACAAUAGCAUUGCAAUUAUGCUGGAUGACAUUUACAAUAUGAGCAGUGGAUGUGGUCAGGAAGUGAUCUCACAAGACCCUCAGCGGCCACUUUCCUCUUUUUCAACAUCAUCAACCAAUUCAACGAUAUCAUCCAAAUCAACGCCAUCAGUCAGAUAUUUUGACUCACAGUGGGAAUUUUCACUCCCUGGCACUCCUACCCUUCCUGAUAUACCAGAGGUUGUUACUCCACCCAUUGUGAGAUGUUCAGUCAUAGACAUGAGCGAACCCACUAAGGUUGAGACUUUGGAGUAUGAUGCCAGGAAAUCCAUGUCUGCGAUAGCAAAUAGCAUCAUGAAGGAGGUUUAUCCAGAGGAAAAUGGGAAGGUUAUGUCUCAACCUGAUCUGGCAGUUGCAAUAUCUAGAUUGGAGGAUCUCAUGUCUCAGGAGAGGAUUGUUGCUCUCUCAUGUAGUCUUGCUCACCAAGUAAACAGCAUAAUUUCUGACAGCAACUUGUCCCCUCUGGUUCUGACAGCACCGGCUGGAAAGAGCACUUCCGAUACGGCUCUUGAUAAACUCAAGAGGAAGGACACAAAUGUGGUUAAGCCCACGUCAUAUGAUUUAGUUCAGCUGUUUGCAGAGGAGUCUGUGAAACGCCUCCUGCUUCCUUGCUUUGUGCCUUCAUUAUCUUCAUCGAGUUUGGCUCAGGGGGUCAGUGUGUUGGUGACUGUGCCCAAAGAUAGGAUUUCAUGCUCCUCCAAUUCCUCCGAAUUCAUUGAAACAGUCAAUCUGUUUAUAAAAGUACUGGUGAGCCAGGUCAUGGAAUUUGUGGUUUCUGAUGCCCAAAGCAGAGCAUCAUCUCCGUCUGAGAGGACAGAGACGUCUGUAGUACGAGGCUUUGGGGAAAACAUAGAUGGAAAGGAGGACACCAGAAGUUGUUCUCAUCUGGCUCAGAACACUGUUUUUGAUCAGAGGUCAACCAGCCCAGAUGCUUUGCCUCUAACUCCAACCUCUGACCACUUAGACAGUGAUGAUGACUUCAUCAGCCUCAUCGGCCUGCUGGUGGUGAGGCUUCUAUCAAAGAUUCAAACCAAAGCAAAUCUGGAGCCAGUUGACAUUGCAGGCAAAUCACAAGAACUGAUCCCGAAGGUCAUGGCUGCCUUCUGUGCAACGUCGGGCUACUCUGAGACCCAAACUUAUCCAGAAAAGCUAAAGAUUCAGAAAGUGUACAGGGCUGUAUACAGAAAUAUUUUGGAGGAGUUUGGCUCAGAGAAAUUCCUGCAAAUGGCCAUUUCAACUCAGGACCCUAAAUUUGAUAUGAUUCUUGUGAAGUCCUUGAGUAAAGAGCUAUUCGACAGGUGUAAUGAGGCAACAAGAGCCUCCUCAAGAACAUCAUUUAAAGCCACAGGACCUGAGGUUCUUCCUCUGGUUGAAGCCAUUCCUCUGGUUGAAGCCGUUCCUCUGGUUGAGGAAGUGAAAGCUGACAAAAUGAAGUGUUCCUUCCUACAAAGGCUUGUCAGAGUAGGCAAACCCUCAAAGAAGAAGAACAAAAGGGAUUGCAGGAAGGGUUCAGACCUCUCAAUACCUGAGGAUCUGAUUACUGUUGAGGAUAUCUUGGAGAAUCAUCUGUCUACAUCUCAACAGGGGAAGCCUUUUUUUAUCAGAAUGUUUUCUGCAAUGUCUAAAUACCUGUCCAGGCAUUUCAGGUGCUUCUCAAAGAGGAAGUAAGCUAGUCCACGUUUAAGCUA